AUGUCGGCCUCGCUACCUGGCACGCGGGAGCUCCCCGCCUCGCAGUAUGACCUCGAGACGUAUAUGGGACGGGUGCGCCAUGCAAUUGGCAUCACAGACCCCUCAACAUUGUUCGCAGGCACAACGGGCCUCGAGACGGCCAAGAAGCUGGUGACCGAAUACAAGACAGGCAAGGUCGAGCACAUGUCGCCAGCGCUCUGGCAUGCGAAGAAGGUGGUGGAUUCUACGCUGCAUCCUGAUACCGGCGAACCUGUCCUGCUCCCAUUCCGAAUGUCCUGCUACGUCUUAACCAACCUGGUCGUCACGGCGGGUAUGCUCCAGCCCGGUCUGGGCACGAUGGGCAUCGUUGGGUGGCAGGUCUUCAACCAGUCCCUCAACGUCGCCUUCAACACUGCCAAUGCCAACAAGUCGUCGCCCAUGUCCACCGAGGUCAUGGUCAAGUCCUACCUCUCGGCCGUCGGUGCCUCAUGCUCCGUCGCCCUGGGCCUGAACGCCAUCGUCCCGCGCCUCAACGUCUCCCCCUCGACUCGCAACAUCCUCGGCCGCUUGAUCCCCUUUGCUGCCGUCGCCUCGGCCGCUGGCCUCAACACCUACCUUAUGCGCCGCGACGAGAUCGUCAAGGGUAUCGACGUCCGACCUGUUCUCUCCGAGGAGGAUAAGGCCAAGCUCAAGGCUGAGGGCAAGUCGGAGCGGGACGUUCCCUCGCUGGGCAAGUCCCAUACCGCCGCCAAGAUUGCCGUGUACGAGACUGCCGCCAGCCGAGUCUUCACUGGUAGCCCCAUCAUGGUCAUUCCCCCUAUGGUGCUCUACCACAUCGAGAACAAGCAGGCUUGGUACAAGAACCUCAUGGAGAAGGAGUGGGUGCGCGCUCGACCCCAGUUGGCCAAGGGCAUUCCCCUCGGCCUUAACCUGGGUCUCAUUGCCCUCACUUCGUUUGCUGUUCUGCCUUUUGCCCUUGCCGUCUUCCCCCAGCAACAGGAGAUUAGUGCCGAGAUGCUCGAGCCCGAGUUCCACGGUAAGGGAGGUUUGAAUGGCAAGGUCAUCUUUAACCGUGGUCUGUAA